AUGGCCAAGGCGAAGAAGGCAGGCGCAGGCGCAGCGGAUAAGGUACAGGUGAUCCUCAAGGAGAACGUGGACGGGGUGGGGAAGGCAAACGAGGUGAUUGAAGUGAACAUCGGGUACUACAACAACUUCCUGCGCCCCAAGGCGUUGGCUGAUAUCAUCUCCGACGAUGAGGUCGAGCAGGUGAUGGUUGCGAAGCGUAAGGAGGAGCUUGCACAGAAGAAACAGGAAGCUGAAGACCUUGCAAGCGCGGUCAAGAAUCUUGGGGACAUCGUUCUCCUGAGGAAAGUUGGGAAAGGGAACCAGAUCUUCGGUUCAGUAACCAACAAGCAAGUAAUCGAGGAGGUAACGAAGAAGUCAGGGGGGAAAGUUCAACUUAGCGCGAAGAUGAAGUGGGAAAUACCGGAAGUGAGCGGGUUGGGGGAGUAUACUGCGUACGUGCAGGUUCACCCGGAGGUCACCGUAGGCAUCAGGCUGGUGGUGAAGGAGCAAUGA